AUGUGGCCUUUCGACAAUGCCAUUGGCGCGGGAAUUGUACCCCAAUAUUCAAAUGUGCAAAAUGUGAUACUUCUUGGCAAGAUGGGUGAGAGCUUUGAUGAAGGCUGGCUUGUUAUCGGAAACAAUCUUGACGAGGGUGCCCCAGCAACAGAGAAUAUCCUCGAAGAUCCAGUCGGUGAGGGGGGCGCUGGUCUUGUUGCGGAGCAUGCAGAACUCAGGAUAGUGCAAUAUCAAGCAUCAACCUUGAAUGAGCGGCCACCAGAAUCUUUCCACGAUGAGGAUGCGAGUGGCAAAGAAGCCCUUGUGCGCGACGUUGUCGUGGGCCAAGGCGGUGAUGAGCAUGUACCCGCGCUAGGGUCCGAGGGAGGUAUUUGGGAAGCUUUGGGGAGAUACCGAACAGCGUUAGACGAGUACCGAAGAUGCCGACUUGCACCGAAAACGGUCGGUCCCCACCCGACCAAUCGCAACCCUCCGAAGGACGUUCGGCAGCACUUGAGUGUUUACGAGAUCGGAGCCAGUCUUCCACUUCAGCCGAUGUCUUCCAACCCAUAUGGACAUCUCACCUACCUUCUUAUCUUCUUGGAUUGCUAA